UAGAUGCUCGUGCAACUAGAUGAUCCCCCAUUUUAUCCCCCGGUGCACAGAACAGCCUUGGAAGUUACGAGCUGUCGAAAAUUACGUUAGUUGGUCAGAUGAUGUAUAGUUAUCUUGACGAGGAAAAUAGUCAGGAGCCUGCCCCAAGGUUGAUAUUCUCAUGGCGGCCAAUCCCUACUAGUAUCAAUGCCGGCCCGGUCCAUUCCUCUAUAAUAGAGCUCAGUCUGGUCACUAUAGUCACGGUGAAGUCUACCUCAGACAAUAUUCAACAAUGGCCUCCCCGAAAGUUUGGUUCAUCACUGGUGCAUCGGCUGGUCUAGGGCGCAAGGUUGUCGAAUAUGCUUUGAGCAAAGGAGACAACGUAGUUGCCACCCUGCGCAAACCAUCGAUGUUGGAAGACCUCACUGCUAAAUACCCUUCUUCCCGCCUCGUCACUUUCCCGCUCGAUGUAACAGAUACGCCCUCGAUUACCACAGCGUUCGAUCAGGCCAUCUCGCACUUCAAUCGUGUCGACGUCGUGCUGAAUAAUGCAGGAUACUAUAUAGUAUCAGAAACUGAAGGCAUGCCUCACAAGGCCGCACGAGAAAUGUUCGAUGUGCUGUUCUGGGGUGCGGAGAAUGUCAUGCGUGAAGCCAUUCGAUGCUUCAGGGACGUGAAUCGUCCCAUAGGAGGGCGGAUAUUGAACGUUUCUUCCCGGAAUGCCUUUAUUCCACAGGUUGGCACUGUACAUUAUGCUUCGGCUAAAGCUGCGUUGGAAUGUUUGACGGAAGGGUAUAUCGCCGAACUUGACCCAGAGUGGCAAAUCAAAAUCACCCUCAUCGAGCCUGGCCUUUUUCGUACGUCGAUGAUCCAAAGCCGUAUGACAGAACCGGUUCACCCUGCUUAUGAAUCGAACCCAACCCUCCCAAGUCGCAAAUACCGAGCUCUCUAUCCUGACAUUGAGGACACGCAUUUUGAUGGCGAUCCGGCCAAGUUUGCAGAAGUGGCCUACAAAUUGUCCUGUUUGGAUGACCCCCCAAUACGCCUCCCUUUGCACAGGGUCGCAUUGGAAUCUGCGAGAAAGAAGGGGGAAUCUUUACUCGAAACUGCUGAAAAUUGGUCCAGUUGGUCGGACGAUGUAUACUUGCAUAAAUGAAUGAAAGAUCAGUGUCAUAUUUUUGGUAGGUAUCAUGUUGUCGGGACAUCGAAUACGAGUAUGUAUGCACUAUAGAGAAUAUUUUAGGCAUGAAAUAGGAUAUCAUUAAUCAUUCGCAGCGCAGUUUUUACUGUAAAAGUGUGCUUCCCUC